CUACCACCAUGGUUGUCAGCACCACCACCAUAAUCACCACUAUCACCACCAUAAGCUGCCUUCUGGACAUGAAGCUUUUCAAGGAUUUUCCAACUAUAUAUCCUCUUCCACCGGCUUUAGGGUUCCUUCAGCUUGGCAAUGCGAAACCUUCGACUGAAUAUGAAGCAGCAAGCAACUGGUCGUCCUCCAGCCCGGUUUGCAGCUGGAUUGGCAUCACUUGUAGCUCGCGCCACAAUAGAGUCACAGCUUUAGACAUUUCUAGCAUGCAACUUUAUGGUACCGUUCCUCCACAUGUUGGAAACCUCUCAUUUCUUGUUUCCCUUGACAUCAGUAACGACACUUUUCAUGGAAAGUUGCCAGAAGAGUUGUCUCAUUUGCAGAGGUUGAAAAUGAUUAUUGUCGAAAGCAAUAACUUUACUGGUGUCAUUCCAUCAUUCUUAAGUCUGUUACCAAACCUUCGCGCUCUGCGCCUUUCGAGCAACCAAUUUUACGGGAAAAUUCCACCUUCCCUUUCCAAUCUAACAAAACUAGAAAGAUUGGGCGUGUCGGGCAAUUUUCUUGAAGGAGAGAUCCCUCUUACUGGCUCUAUACCUCCAUCAAUCUUUAACAUUACCGCAAUGCGGAUCAUUACUCUUUUCAAAAACAAUGUUGCUGGUAAUCUUCCAACAACUAUAUGUGAAAAUCUUCCAAACUUGGAAGUUCUUCACAUCCCAGUUAACAACCUAGACGGUGUUAUUCCACCAAACCUAGGAAUGUGCAGAAAGCUUCAGAUCUUGUCAUUGUCUGGCAAUAAGUUCACUGGAACUAUACCAAGAGAGUUAGCCAACUUAAAAGAUCUUACAGAAUUAUAUCUUGGAUAUCAGCACUUGCAAGGAGAGAUACCAGUGGAGCUAGGUAAUCUAAAGAAACUGCGGUUGCUGGGAUUAUCCAACAACGAGUUUACGGCAAUGCAGUUCUUAGAUCUUUCUGAAAACAGGCUUUCAGGUCGUCUACCAUCCGAUUUUGGCCGUGGAGUUCCCAGCUUAGAAGAAUUUUCUUGCAGAUCGAAUAAUCUGAGUGGUUCUAUCUCUGCUUCAAUCUCAAAUUCUUCAAGACUCAGAACACUUUAUCUCUCGUACAACAGUUUCACAGGAGAGAUACCGGCGGAGCUAGGUAAUCUUAAGAAUCUACAGUAUCUGGAUUUAACUGUAAACGAGUUUACUAGUUCUGUUCCUGCAAGCAUUUUCAACAUAUCGGCACUGAGGACCCUUGGACUUGGAGUAAAUAGGCUUUCAGGUACUCUACCUUCAGAUUUAGGCCGUAAAAUGCCCAGCCUAGAAGAACUUCUUUGUGGUGGUAAUGAUCUGAGUGGUUUUAUGUCUGCUACUAUCUCAAAUUCGUCAAGACUCAGAAAACUUGGUCUCACACACAACAGAUUCACAGGUCCAAUUCUUGAAUCACUUGCUUUGACAAAUUGUAGGAAACUGAGAGAGCUCAGGUUCUCUGACAAUCCGUUUGAUGCUGAAGGGCUCAUUCCUGAAGAAAUUGGUAAUAUUACUGGAAUGACAAGGAUGAGUCUAUGUAACAAUAAGUUGAGUGGAUAUAUUCCAAAAACCAUCGAACGCAUGCUGAAACUUCAAGAAAUGUACCUACAUAAAAACAAGAUUGGAGGAACCAUACCAGAUGUUAUCUGUAAUUUACAGAAUCUUGGAGAAUUAGACCUAUCGGAAAAUCAGAUUGCCGGUUCAGUGCCACCAUGCUUAGGGACCAUUACCAGUUUAAGGACACUUAAUCUGGCUUACAACAGGCUGAAUUCGAGAUUACCCGCAAGCUUGGGAAGCCUUCGAGAUAUCAUAGAAUUCAAUGUUUCGUCCAAUUUAUUAAGUGGGAAAAUUCCUCUGGAGAUUGGAAAUUUGAAGGCUGCCACACUCAUUGAACUGUCAAAAAAUAAUUUCUCAGGUAAUAUCCCUAGCUCUAUAGGAGGUCUAGAUAGAUUGACCAAUCUUUCUUUAGCACACAAUAAAUUAGAUGGGCCUAUUCCAGAUUCAUUAGGGAAAAUUCUUGCCUUGGAAUUCUUGGAUUUGUCCUUUAACAAUCUUAGUGGUGAGAUUCCAAAGUCAUUAGAAGCUCUUGUGUAUAUUAAACACUUGAACAUCUCAUUUAAUACACUUAGUGGUGAAAUUCCCACCGGUGGACCUUUUGCAAAUAUCACGAGCCAAUCCUUCCUGUCCAAUGAUGCACUCUGUGGUGACUCCCGAUUUAACGUGAAACGAUGUCCUCCAAAAUAUACAAAGAAGUCAAGAAGAAAAAGAGUGCUUAUAGGUUUAUAUACUUUGUUAGGGAUGGGAUCACUCUUUGCAUUGGUCGUUGGAUAUGCGGUGUUAAGAUGGAGAAAGAUGAAAAAGAAUGAAGAUCAAGCUGAUUUGUCGCUCGUUAAAGAGCAUGAAAGAAUUUCUUAUUAUGAACUUGAACAAGCAACAGAAGGAUUCAGUGAAAGCAACUUGCUUGGUAAUGGGAGUUUCAGCAAGGUCUACAAAGGGAUACUUAAGGAUGGUACCUUUUUCGCAGCAAAGGUAUUCAAUGUGCAAUUGGAGGGUGCAUUCAAAAGUUUUGAUACAGAAUGUGAGAUGUUGCGCAACCUCCGCCAUCGAAAUCUUACUAAAGUCAUCACUAGUUGCUCCAACCUUGAUUUCAAAGCCUUAGUAUUGGAAUACAUGCCGAAUGGAACACUUGAAAAAUGGUUGUAUUCUCAUAACUUUUUCUUAGACAUGAUGCAUAGAUUAGAUAUAAUGAUAGAUGUUGCAUCUUCCAUGGACUAUCUCCACAAUGGUUAUUCAUCACCUGUGGUGCAUUGCGACUUAAAACCAAGCAAUGUCUUGCUAGAUCAAGAAAUGGUUGGCCAUGUCAGUGAUUUUGGCAUCGCGAAAUUGUUGGAUGUAGGGGAGGAUUUUGUUCAAACACGUACAAUUGCAACCCUAGGAUAUAUCGCUCCAGAGUAUGGACAGGAUGGUAUAGUAUCCACGAGCUGCGAUGUUUAUAGUUUUGGCAUCCUGAUGAUGGAGACGUUUACAAGAAUGAGACCAAGUGAUGAUAUAUUUACCGGAGAAUUGAGCAUAAGAAGUUGGGUUAGCGAUUCUUUUCCAGGUGGAAUUCAUAAUGUGGUGGAUGCUAAUUUGGUACAUCCAGGGGAUGAACAAACUGAUGCAAAGAUGCAGUGUCUGCUAUCUAUCAUGGAAUUAGCUUUGAGUUGCACUGUGAUGACACCUGAUGCAAGAAUUAGUAUGGAAGAGGCUCUUUCAACACUUACAAAGAUAAGGCUCCACUUUGUCAGUAGUUGCUGCUAGGUGGAAUCAGCGAUCGACUCUCGAUUGCUGCUUCAUUACCUAUAUAUGAUGGUUGUGUUGAGCUUUCAAUUACGCGCAAUUGUGCGUAAUUGUAAGUAAUGAUCUGGCAUGCAAGGCGGCUUUUUUCAUAGUGUCGGGCCUUAUUUAUUGGUUAUUGUUAUUGCUUUUCAUCUAUUUUCUGGUUCUUAUGCUGUUAUUAUUUUUAUGGUUUAUGUUGAUGGUACGAAUAUAUUGUCUCUUUUCAUCUUCUUGA